AUGAGUCGCAAAACCCCUGCUCUAAAUGAGAUGGAUCUCAAUUCACCCCAGAUACGCGAUUUGGAGUCCAUGACGUUUUCGAAACCAAGUAUGUGUAAGAAGUCUCUUAACAGAGAAGGAGAUUUCGCUGAGACUAAAGAAAACUCAAACGCCUCUUUACCCAUUACGCCGGUGUCAGACCACAAAAUUUGGCUGAGUGCGAUAGACGAUUUUUUGAAACAGAAGCCAACCAGCUCUAUAAUCACUUCUUCGCAUGAUUUGCACGUUUACUUUUCCCAACUGUUUAAAGUUUACACAAGGAAGCACCAGAUUCAAAGAAUUAAAAGCUUGUCGAAACGGUACAUUCUGGUUAUUAUUCGUUUACUGGAUACAAACGAGACGACAUCGGUGAUGCAUGGAAUUGCAAGUUUGUACAAUAACACGAAUCAACACAAGAUUGCGACAUUUCACGAUGUUCUGCUUCAAGACUUCAAUUUAAACAACAGAGAAUAUCUUUUGACUUUAAAAAUUCUGACGAUGCAAUGCAUAUUGAAGGCUAAAGUGCAACAAAAGGUCGCUCCAAAACUAAUACAAGCUUUUGCAAAAGAUCGACGCUAUUUGCUGCGUUCUCCCUCUCCCAAGAUUACCGCUCUAGUAAAGCUCUUGCUAAACUUUAUGCACGUUUUGCCCGAGUUCAAAGUAGCUUUUGCCCUCAAAUUUUACCAAUACGUGAAGGAAUACCGGCUGAAGUUCGAUGACUACGUCAAGAAUAUGGACGAGAACCGAUAUCAAGAUUGCAUAGUUGCAUGGGCCGCGAGCGCCUCACGAGAUGCUAGGGAGCUUUAUUGGCCCUUUUAUGCGGAGUACUCACGAGUGAACAUGAACAUUUGCAAGAUUAUGAUUACGGAUUUACUUCAGGCAGAUGAUCUCAACCACCCCAGACGUUUUUUUGACCAAAUGGAACGUUUUAUGGUCGAAGGAUCUUUGACACAAAUGCAACAUGAACGACUUGAAAUCAACUACCUUACUUGGCAGGAAGACGAAGAACUAAGGCAGCGUGUGAGUCUCUGCCUGAAGACGACUAAAAAAACAAAUUUAGCCGACGCUUUUACUCUAUUUUCUCUUUACAUGAGGUACAUUAGCAAUUACGGCUUACGUUUUGGAGGACAUGUCAAGAACUUUGAUGGAAUUUUGAACCUUCUCAAUCGUCACUUGAGGGAAAUAAACAUAAAUUUACUUGAAGAAAUGUUCAAGUAUUUCAAGAAUUUUUGCAUUGAGAUUCUUGAUGGCAAGAGGCUGCAGAAUGUUGCAAAUAUUGCAUAUAACGCUUUCGUAAUCCAUGGAAGCAGCGACUUUCUGAUAACAGCCGUCAACCUCGAAACUACAAGGUAUACUCAAAUAGCUCAAAAUGAAAACUCCUUUCAAAUAUUGCGAAAAUUCAUUAUGAGUGCUCCAGCUCAUCUGCGGCCGGCAUUGUUUGACGGGGUCUUCAAUGUUUUUUUGGUUUUCGAAUAUAGCUUACGCUCUCUAAUUGAGCUGACGAAGACUGAGUUCGUCCCGAUUUUCAAGAAAUGCAGGUUUGAGAAACUACCUGGCUCGUGGACCUCUUCGGAAUUGAUGGACUGUCUCUUGCUGUCCAUGACAAAAUUAACUUGGGCAGGCACGGGCAGUUGGAGCCUUCUUCCUAGAAGGUAUUAUGAAAUAAGUGUCGAUCAAAAUAUUGAAUUUAAAAAUACACCUGAUUUCAAAACUGAUUCAUUAGACCCACUGAGAAGAAUGGCACCCAUAAUAGAACUUCAUUGGCACUUAACAAAAGAAAUUAAGGACCACCAAACGCGCUUGCUAUCGAAAAUUGCCAAUGUCUACAUCAACGAUUGGGUCCAAUCACCUGCAAUCGAUAAGAACGACAGAGCAACAGAAAUUGAGCUUAAUUUAGCAGAAGUGCUUCUCAACUAUUUGACCUUCAAUAAACACCACAAGCAAGUGUUAAGAAUAUGCGACGCCUUAAAACAAAGCUAUUCUUUCUGUGAUAGGUUUUCAAACUUGGUAGAAAGGAAUGGUGAAAACUCUCGAAUCGAGCUUCGACUAUCUUUGAAAUGGCCUGAUGAUGUGGGACUUCUCUCGAGUGCUGGCAUUCAGGAGACACUUGCGUCCACAGGUUCGAACUCCGAGGCGUGCUAUGCUAUUCUCAACUUUUCGCUGAAGCGCUCAGUCUUCAGUGGAAAGUAUCAGUUGUUUAACGAGUUUUUCGUUAACUGGCUUCCCAAAAAUCGCCCUGACCUUUUCGAUAUACGCAACACUUCAAAGCAAACAAACUCAAAAUAUCUUAAAGUUCUGAUGCUCAACAUAAAAAUGAUACAAUCGGCAUCUAAACUAUAUGAGAUGGGUCUCAGAUUCGAUGAUGCCCUAGUAGAAGCGAAGAAAGCAUUGAAAAUUUGUCAAACCCUGCUCUCCAAGAGUGACAAAAUUCCGUUAGACAUAAAGUGGGAACUGAUCGAUGCUCUCAACGCUUUGUUUUCAAGCGUAAUGAAAAUCUACACCCAUGUUGGAAGUGCCAGAGAUUGUGAAUUUUACAUGGCUGAAUGUUUGAGUGUGAUGGGGCAUUUGAAAGAACCCUCAGCGCUCUUUGAUGUGAUGGCGCUUGCUGCGGGUUAUUACAAAUUAACGUCGCAAGCCGACCUCGCAAAUGAAUUUACAAACCGACUAAAUGAAACAUUCAAUCGCAUAGAAGGGAGUGAAAAUAUCGACGCUCUUACGAAAUAUUUUUUUGCAAACAAGGAAUACGAUAAACUCUUAAACUCGCUCGAACUAUUUUUUGGUGAAAAAUUAGGUAAAACAGCUUUGUGGAACUAUUGGCGUUUAAGAACCGGAUGCACUGUAGAUGUCCCAAGGGAUCCUUGGGAGACAGCUUCAAAUUGCAUGAACGCGAUACGGCAAAUUCAUGACAGCCUCUCGAGGCAGAUGAACGAUGAUCCCUACUUGAACAGUUUUAAUGACACCGUUUUGACGAUCCCGUCUGUGUUGCUACCAACUCUCCAUAAGGCAAACGACCGAAGACCGAUAACUAUUGAGGGAACUCCGCUAAAAAAAACGCCUCAUUUCAAAAACUUUUCAUCGCCACGUCCCUCUUCUCUAACACCACGAAAUGCAUCGCUAAAGCAGCGGUUCGAUCAGGCAAAUAUCAUCAGCCAGUCUGUGAAAGGGCGCAGCGUUAUUCGAGAUAUAAACUCAAAUUUUUUGAACAAUUUUGACAUGAAGAAAGUCGCUCAUUUUGAGGUCGAGUUCGCGCUAAUAGAGUCAAUGAUGAAAAGUGCAUGCUCUCCAAAAGCUGCUUUUCGAAGUUUUUUUAUACUAAGUGAGCUUGCCCGCUAUAUGCCCUACUAUAAUGAGAGGCUUCUUGCCAGCCGGUCAAAAGAUGCCUUGGUAAACUUUUGCUUAAGGGAAGUUGAUGCACCUCAGUGUCCAGUAACAAGUCAAAGAGCUUCGAUAGGGAAGUUGAGCGAGUUGGUUGAUAAAUUAAGCGCACAAAGGUAUUCGAUCAUCUCUAUCGAUAGUUGUGAGUUAACUAACGACCUCAUCUUAUCUAAAACGGACUCUCGCGGCGAAGUUCACGAUAUUUUACGCCUGCCGCUGAAUCGACAUCGUUCGAGAGACAUGGACUCUUCAGAAUUUACAUUCAAUGAUGCUCUAUCGCAAAUGAGGGAGAUAAUCAAAGAAAGCAGCUUGACGACGUCAAUCGAGGUUACCAGUAAUAUCAAGUCGAAAGAGCAAAGAAAGAAGUGGUGGCAAUUAAGGUAUGAACUUGAUUCAAAAUUGCAUUCUUUGCUCGAUAAAAUUGAAAAUACGUGGUUUGGGGCGUUUAAAGCCUUCUUUAGGGAUGAUUUCCUUUCUCAAGAGGCCAAACUGAUGGCUCGAGUUAAACUUCAAGACAUUCUCCAGCAGAACUUACCUUCUCGCAAACUUUAUGGCGAUCCUACGAUGUUCUACCAACUUGAUGACUGCGUUUUAAACAUGUUGUCAAAAUUGGAUCCUGCUGAAGAGCAAUUCACGGACAUGCUAGAUGACUUAAUUUAUUACAUUAUUGAUGUGCUUCUCCUUCAUGGAGAGCAAAACGCCUGUGAUGAGAUCGACCUUUCCUUGGUACACGUACAGUUAAAGGAGUUGAUCAAGGAGUGUAGGGCGCAUAAGGAUUUUUUAGUUGAAACGUCUCAUAUUUUUCUCCUGAUAGGCACUGAAGCACAUCUCAUACCGUGGGAAAGCUUAUCAUUUUUGAGGGAACGUGCCGUUUCCAGAAUACCCUCUGUCACCUUCUUGGCAAAUCUUCUAAAGAAAAAUGGCGGCUUGAUAAGUCCUAAAAUUCAAUUGACGGAGCGGUUAUCAAUGAUUUUGAAUCCUCAGGGCGAUCUGGUACGCACUGAAGAAACUUUUGCACAAACCUUUUCGGACUGGGCUGCUUCGGUUCCAAAUUCACGUCUAAUAAUUGGCCAGAAACCAUCAGAUGAAUCGUUUCUCGAAAUGCUUCGAGAUUCAUCGAUCUUCAUUUAUGUUGGUCAUGGUGGUGGUGAACAGUUUGUAAAGUCAAAAGAGCUCAAGGUGUGUAACGAGCUAUCUCCAACAUUUUUACUGGGUUGCUCAUCUGCAUAUCUGAGAACUUUCGGUCAACUGGAACCACACGGAAUCCUGAAAGCAUACCUUUCGGCCGGUUGUCCUAUGAUAGUGGGCAAUUUGUGGGAUGUAACAGACAGAGAUAUCGAUAAGUUUAGCUAUGCCAUGUUCGACCAAAUGGGGUUAUUGCAAUCUGAUAAAAAACCCGAAAAUUUUGCAGUUUCAGUUUCAAGAGCAAGAGAAGCUUGUCAUUUGCAAUAUUUAAAUGGCGCGGCUCCUGUAAUUUACGGGUUACCGCUAAAACUCGCUAGAUGA